AUGCGAUAGAAAAAGCGGCACAAAACAGUGGCCUAAACAUUAACGAACUAAAAACUAAAUACAUAAAGGCCAGCAUACAGAAUACAUGAAAGCCAGCAAGCGUGAACAGUUUUACAUAUCUAGUGAAGAAGUUAAGAGAAGAAUACAUAUCGGUAAUAAAACAUGCAAUUGCAUAAAAUGCAAAAUAUACAAGACCCUCAUAAAACCGGUCCUUGUAUAUGGAUCAGAAACGUGGACACUGUCGAAAAGCGAUGAGAACCUAUUAGGUACAUUUGAACGCAAAAUCCUUAGACACAUAUAUAAGGGUGUAAAAGAAACUGACAUAUGGCGCAGAAGAUAUAACUUUGAACUAUGCACAGCAUACAAUGAACCCGAGAUCGUAACAUCCAUAAAUAUCGGACGUCUGCGCUGGAUGGGCCAUAUUGAACAAAUGUUGGAAACUGAAACGCCAAAACAUAUAAUAAGGCAAACACUAGUAGGUGGAAGGUCAAAGGGAAGACCCAAACUUAGAUACAUCGAACAAGUGAAACAAGAUCUGAAAACACUUAAGAUUACCAAUUGGAAAAACAAAGCAAAGAACAGAACAGAAUGAGGAAAAAUCCUAG